GAGUGCAGGCCCCCGAACCCCGGCGGGCGCCUCCGGGCCCCAGCGCGCGCCCCGGCCUCCGGGAGACUGGCGCAUGCCACGGAGCGUCCCUCGGGCCGCCGCCGCUCCUGCCCGGGUCCCUGUUGUUGCUGCUGUCGCCUGCGCCUGCUGCCCCAACUCGGCGCCCGACUUCUUCAUGGUGUGCGGAGGUCAUGUUCGCUCCUUAGCCGGCAAACGACUUUUCUCCUUGCCUCCUCGCCCCGCAUGUUCAGGACCAAACGAUCUGCGCUCGUCCGGCGUCUCUGGAGGAGCCGUGCGCCCGGCGGCGAGGACGAGGAGGAGGGUGGAGGGGGAGGCGGAGGAGGCGAGCUGCGGGGAGAAGGGGCGACGGACGGACGGGCGCAUGGGGCCGGUGGCGGCGGUGCCGGCAGGGCUGGCUGCUGCCUGGGCAAGGCGGUCCGCGGUGCCAAAGGUCACCACCAUCCCCACCCCCAAGCCAUGGGCGCCGGCGCGGCCGGGGGCGCUGAGGCGGAUCUGAAGGCGCUCACGCACUCGGUGCUCAAGAAACUGAAGGAGCGGCAGCUGGAGCUGCUGCUCCAGGCCGUGGAGUCCCGCGGCGGUACGCGCACCGCGUGCCUCCUGCUGCCCGGCCGCCUGGACUGCAGGCUGGGCCCGGGGGCGCCCGCCAGCGCGCAACCCGCGCAGCCGCCCUUGUCUUACUCGCUACCCCUCCUGCUGUGCAAAGUGUUCAGGUGGCCGGAUCUCAGGCAUUCCUCGGAAGUCAAGAGGCUGUGUUGCUGUGAAUCUUACGGGAAGAUCAACCCCGAGCUGGUGUGCUGCAACCCUCAUCAUCUUAGCCGACUCUGCGAACUAGAGUCUCCCCCUCCUCCUUACUCCAGAUACCCGAUGGAUUUUCUCAAACCAACUGCAGACUGUCCAGAUGCUGUGCCUUCCUCCGCUGAAACAGGGGGAACGAAUUAUCUGGCCCCUGGGGGGCUUUCAGAUUCCCAACUUCUUCUGGAGCCUGGGGAUCGGUCACACUGGUGCGUGGUGGCAUACUGGGAGGAGAAGACGAGAGUGGGGAGGCUCUACUGUGUCCAGGAGCCCUCCCUGGAUAUCUUCUAUGAUCUACCUCAGGGGAAUGGCUUUUGCCUCGGACAGCUCAAUUCGGACAACAAGAGUCAGCUGGUGCAGAAAGUGCGGAGCAAAAUCGGCUGUGGCAUCCAGCUGACUCGGGAAGUGGAUGGCGUGUGGGUGUACAACCGCAGCAGUUACCCCAUCUUCAUCAAGUCCGCCACACUGGACAACCCGGACUCCAGGACGCUGUUGGUGCACAAGGUGUUCCCCGGUUUCUCCAUCAAGGCUUUCGACUAUGAGAAAGCGUACAGCCUGCAGCGACCCAAUGACCACGAGUUCAUGCAGCAGCCAUGGACGGGCUUCACCGUGCAGAUCAGCUUUGUGAAGGGCUGGGGCCAGUGCUACACCCGCCAGUUCAUCAGCAGCUGCCCGUGCUGGCUGGAGGUCAUCUUCAACAGCCGGUAGCCACUGGGGAGAGGAGUGCACGCCGAGCAGGCCACCAUUCAAACUACUUUGCUGCUAAUCUUUUCCUCCCGAGUGCUUGCUUUUCAUGCAAACUCUUUGGUCAUUUUUUUCCCUGUUGUUGGUGGGGUAUUUUCUUUUUUGUUUUUUCUUCUUGUCCUUGUUUGUGUUUUUGUUUUGUUCUUUGAGAAAUAGCUUAUGCAAAGAAUUGUUGAUUUGGAGGGGGUGAGCGUGGUUGGCAGGACAGGUCACCCUGUGGGAAAGGGGGAUGCAAAAGUCAGCACCACCAAACACAGUGUCUGAAUGGGGAGCAGUCCCUUCACUUUCGGUUCAGCAUUUCACUUGUCAGGAGUGUACACUCGAGUGAGUGUGUGUCUGUGAGCAAGAUGGGGAGGUCAGCAAAGCCUUUGUUCCUUACGGAUGUCCCCAGCUGAGAGGUUUGCGGUUCCAAGCUGUGUGUCUCCUGCGCCCUUUGGACGUGCUCAGUGGGGCAGAGGCAGUACCUGGACAGGCUGGCUGGUGGUGGGUGUCCCAGCAGCUGCCAGGAGUGACACUCUGCCCCAGCCUAUGGAAGCCCCUACCCCACCUAACCCCCUUUAGGACACAGGCCUAUCCACAGGCUUCUGAGAAGCAAGCCUGGUAGAGGCUGAACCAGAACCAAUUGUUUUCAUCCUUGUCUUACUCCCCUUCUGCCACUCCGCUGCCGUUGUAGCGUCUGUCUUUUUUGGCCAUCUGCUCCUGGAUCUAUGAGAUGGGCUUCCUGAGGGCUGCCGGGGCAGCCCCAUCAUGUCACAGUGUUGCUCCCCAGUCCUCUUUCAGGCCCCUUGGCCUCUCCUCUGCCCUGGUUUAUCAGGUUUCUUCCAUACAUCCCAAGCCAGCUCAGCAGCAGCAAACAAAACACACACACACACACACACACCCCCACACCCACCCCCACCCCCCGCCCUGUGCUGAGCUCUGCGAUCAGACCAGUGAGGGGCAUUCCUGAGAAGGACCUGCCCAGUGGCCUCCUUCCCGCUCACCAGGAAGAAUUCGGUCCAUCAUAACCCAAGGUACCAUUCUAGGCUGACACCUAACUUCUGUCAUUUCUUCUACAACUCAUACACUCGUAUGAUACUUUGACACUGUUCUUAGCUCAAUGAGCAUGUUUAGACUUUAACAUAAGCUAUUUUUCUAACUACAAAGGUUUAAAUGAACAAGAGAAGCAUUCUCAUUGGAAAUUUAGCAUUGUAGUGCUUUGAGAGACAAAGGACUCCUGAAAAAAAACCCUGAGAUUUAUUAAAGAAAAAAUGUAUUUUAUGUUAUAUAUAAAUAUAUUAUUACUUGUAAAUAUAAAGACGUUUUAUAAGCAUCAUUAUUUAUGUAUUGUGCAAUGUGUAUAAACAAGAAAAAUAAAAGAUGCACUUUGCUUUAAUAUAAAUGCAAAUAACAAAUGCCAAAUUAAAAAAGAUAAACACAAGAUUGGUGUUUUUUUCUAUGGGUGUUAUCACCUAGCUGAAUGUUUUUCUAAAGGAGUUUAUGUUCCAUUAAACAAUUUUUAAAAUGUA